UCUCUCUCUUUUCACCCUAUCUGUAUAUCUACACAGUAGCAUUCUCUUUUUCUCUUUUCCAAAUUUCACUUUCCCUCAAAUUCUCGAGAUUGGGGAGUUAACUUGAGAUAAAAGGACCAAAGGGACUUCUUUUUUCAUCUUCUUUCAGUAGUUUUUAGCCUUUGGAGCUUCUUCCCAUCCCAUUGUGUGAAGGAGAGGAAAAGAGGAGUGAAAAAGAUCAAAUCUUGAUGAGUGAGAGAGGAGGCUCUCUUAUGAGGAGAGAGCCUGCCUGUACAUGCAAGAAAGGAAAAAACCCACAAAAUUUAUCGUCAUAAUCUUCACUAUUCUGUGUGUUUCUUGGUGAAACAGUGAAAUUUUAGUAGCAGAAAAGAGAAAAACUUUGUUCUUGGUACUGUUCUGUUGUGGUUUUUGUCUGUUUAUGGCUCUUUCUAUUCAUAGAGAUUCAAUCAGUGGUGGAAGCAAGCAACAACAGAUGGAUAAUAGCAAGUACGUGAGGUACACACCUGAGCAAGUUGAAGCUCUUGAAAGGGUAUAUGCGGAAUGUCCAAAGCCCAGUUCUUUGAGAAGGCAGCAGCUCAUUAGGGAGUGUCCUAUUCUUUCUAAUAUUGAGCCUAAGCAGAUCAAAGUCUGGUUUCAGAACAGAAGGUGCCGUGAAAAGCAAAGAAAGGAAGCUUCUCGGCUACAGACUGUAAACAGGAAGCUUUCUGCCAUGAACAAGCUGCUGAUGGAAGAAAAUGACCGCUUACAAAAGCAAGUAUCCCAGCUGGUCUACGAGAAUGGCUACAUGCGUACGCAGAUACAAACUGUAAGCACAGCGACCACAGAUACAAGCUGUGAGUCUGUGGUCAUGACUGGUCAGCAGCAACAACAAAACCCAACUCAACAUCCCCAAAGGGAUGCAAACAACCCAGCUGGUCUUCUCGCUGUGGCUGAGGAGACCCUGGCAGAGUUCCUUGGAAAGGCUACUGGAACUGCUGUCGACUGGGUCCAGAUGAUUGGGAUGAAGCCUGGUCCGGAUUCUAUUGGCAUUGUUGCAGUUUCCCGCAACUGUAGCGGUGUAGCAGCACGUGCCUGCGGUCUUGUGAGUCUAGAGCCCACGAAGGUCGCUGAAAUCCUCAAAGAUCGUCCUUCUUGGUUUCGCGAUUGCCGUUGCCUUGAUGUACUGAGUGUGAUCCCUACAGGAAAUGGAGGGACUAUAGAGCUCAUCUAUAUGCAGACUUAUGCACCAACAACAUUGGCGUCGGCUCGUGACUUUUGGACAUUGAGAUAUACUACAAGCUUGGAAGAUGGUAGUCUUGUGAUAUGUGAGAGGUCUCUGACAUCUUCUACCGGUGGCCCAACUGGACCUCCAUCUACCUGCUUUGUUAGAGCUGAAAUGCUGCCAAGUGGAUGCCUAAUAAGGCCUUGUGAGGGUGGUGGCUCCAUUGUUCACAUUGUUGAUCACAUUGACUUGGAUGUUUGGAGUGUUCCUGAAGUUCUGAGACCCCUUUAUGAAUCAUCCAAAAUCCUUGCCCAAAAGAUGACUAUGGCAGCAUUGCGACACAUACGCCAAAUUGCUCAGGAAACAAGUGGAGAAGUUCACUACAGUGGGGGACGCCAGCCUGCUGUUUUGAGGGCGUUGAGUCAGAGAUUGUGCAGGGGAUUCAAUGAUGCUGUUAAUGGAUUUGUGGAUGAUGGUUGGUCAAUUAUGGGAAGUGAUGGUGCGGAGGAUGUGACUAUAACCAUAAAUUCCUCUCCAAGCAAAAUCCUUGGCUCCCAAUACAGUACCCUGUCUAUGCUUCCAAGUUUUGGUGGGGUCAUGUGUGCCAAGGCAUCAAUGCUCCUUCAGAAUGUUCCUCCUGCUUUACUUGUUCGUUUCCUGAGGGAGCAUCGAUCUGAGUGGGCUGAUUAUGGGGUUGAUGCUUAUGCUGCUGCAUCUCUUAAAGCUAGUCCAUAUGCUAUUCCUUGUGCAAGGCCUGGUAGCUUUCCCAGUAGCCAAGUCAUCUUACCUCUUGCUCAAACUGUGGAGCAUGAGGAGUUUCUGGAGGUGGUCCGACUGGAGGGUCAUGCAUUCUCCCCAGAAGACAUAGCUCUGUCACGUGAUAUGUACUUAUUACAGCUUUGCAGUGGGGUUGAUGAGAAUGCUGCAAGUUCCUGUGCUCAGCUUGUUUUUGCGCCCAUAGAUGAAUCUUUUGGUGAUGAUGCACCAUUGCUGCCAUCUGGUUUCCGAGUCAUACCAUUGGAUGCUAAAUCAGAUGGACCUGGAGCAACUAGAACAUUGGAUUUGGCUUCUGCACUUGAAGUGGGAACUGGUGGAGCACGUUCAACUGCUGAAGCCGACCCAAAGAAUUACAACCUUAGAUCGGUUUUAACCAUUGCAUUCCAGUUUACUUUUGAGAAUCACUAUCGCGAGAAUGUGGCUGCGAUGGCACGCCAAUACAUCCGCAGCAUUGUUGGCUCUGUCCAGAGAGUUGCAAUGGCUAUCGCGCCUUCUCGGUUGAGCUCCCAGAUGGUACCAAAGUCGCUACCUGGUUCACCUGAGGCUGUAACUUUGGCACGAUGGAUCUGGAGGAGCUAUAGGUUGCAAACUGGGGGAGAGCUACUUCAGGUGGACUCUCAUUCAGGUGAUGCCAUUCUGAAGCAGCUGUGGCACCAUUCUGACGCUAUAAUGUGCUGUUCUGUCAAAGCAAACGCAUCUGCAGUGUUCACAUUUGCAAACCAGGCUGGCCUUGACAUGCUUGAAACUACCCUCGUGGCCCUUCAGGAUAUAAUGCUUGAUAAGAUUCUUGAUGAAGCUGGGCGAAAGGUUCUCCUUUCAGAGUUCUCUAAGAUAAUGCAGCAGGGCUUUGCCUACUUGCCAGCAGGAGUAUGUUCAUCCAGCAUGGGGAGACCUAUAUCAUAUGAACAAGCUGUGGCCUGGAAGGUUCUCAAUGAUGAUGAUUCCAACCAUUGCUUGGCUUUCAUGUUUAUGAACUGGUCUUUUGUGUAAGGACAACUAGGUACUAAGACCGGCAUUAGCCGUCAGUUUAAGUUAUUGUAAUUUCCUUUUGGUAAAACUUUGUAUUACUUGUUUAACAGGUUAUGGCCUGAGUAGCUAUUUGCCUAUCUAUUUCCAUGCGUGCAUGGAGUACUCGUUUUAUCGUAUGAAUGAUGUGUUUUGCGUA